AUGGAUCGGUGGCAGAAUCGUGUUGCGGUCGUAACGGGCGCCAGCUCGGGCAUUGGUGCUGCCUGCGCCAAGAUCUUGGUCGCCGCCGGCUUGCAGGUCGUUGGCCUGGCACGUCGCACCGAGCGCCUGGAGCAGCUGCGUCAGUCACUGCCCAAGGAUCAGCAGGCGCGCUUCCAUCAGCGCACCUGCGACGUCUCUGCGGAGACGCAGGUGAACAGCGCCUUCGAGUGGAUCGAACAGCAGCUGGGCGGCAUCGAUGUGCUGAUCAACAAUGCGGGCAUCUUGCGCGAUGGCCAUCUGCUGGACAUGCCCACCAAGGACAUCACCGAUGUGCUCCAGACCAAUCUAAUGGGCAGCAUCUACUGCACCAAGCUGGCGGCCAGCAGCAUGCGUCGCCGCCAAAUGGCCGGCCAUUUGUUCUUCAUCAACAGCACCGCUGGCCUGGCCGGCUACAAUCCUGGCCACGAAGAUCCCAGCCUCAACAUCUAUACGCCCAGCAAAUUUGCACUAACCGCCGUGCACGAGAUUUGCCGACAGGAGCUCAUCACACAGAAGUUGAAAAUCAAGACAACGAGCAUCAAUCCCGGCUGGGUAUCCACGGAGAUAGUGCCAGACGAUACUAAGGCGCAGCUGGGCGAUGUCAUCUUGCAGGCGAACGAUGUGGCCCAGGCGGUGCUCUAUGCGCUCUCAACUCCGCCGCAUACUCAGGUGCAGGAGAUAACGCUGCGUGCGGUUGGCGAAUGGUACUGAUAGCGCUUAUCAGCUGAUAUGAAGUACGCACGUGCUCUAAGUUGUUGCUGCAGUUGUUGUUUGGGCUAUGUAAUCAACACCUAAUAACAAUCAAAUGAACUUGACAACUCAAUGCACACACACACACACACAUGUACACACACACACUCCACUCACACUCGCUCAGCUUAUUUGUUUGUGUGCCUUGAGCCAUUCUUGUUUGCGUCGGGCUGGACGUGGGGCUGAGUCGGAGUACAUUUCAUUUUUAUUGUAAUUGUUAUGAUUAUUGUUGUUGAUGUUAUUAUUGCCCGUUAGAGUUUAACAACAACAGCGUCGAAUAAAUAAUUCAGUUUCAUACAUUAAUAACUGACUGCGGCACAGUUGUUGCAGCCGCAAGACCCCUGCCACCUGCUUGCCCCACUCAAGCACCUUGCGGUUAGUCAUUUUUAAUACGCGACCAAUCGAUACUUCAAUUAGCCUGGCCAAGAGUUAUAGCAUUCACUUGUUAGCAGCACAUGUUAAAUAUUCAGAAAGGUUCUCCAUAAAUAAUUGACUCGCUGCACCCAGCGCGUGUCCGUCGGCGAGCCAAACGCCAGCAAUGCGCAGCGAACACUUUAACGAGUUCAUUAGAACAUUUCCGUUGUCUAUGGCUAAACUUCCAACUUUUUCUAUGUGAAAGUUUAUAGAAAGCAAUGAAAUUGCCUACGCAACACCAAUGAGCAAAGCACAAGACGAUUGACUAAGGUCUUUGCCAAUGCGUAUACUUAAUAUGCAGUGUUUGGCUACACGAAAUGUUAGUUUGUUAUUAAUUGCGGGUAAGCAUAUCAUUUAAAUUGUAAUUGCUUUUUACUUUUAAUAGAGAUCUGGUAGAAUUGUGUAUGUCCCAGCCCUGCGUAUACUUAAUAUGCAGUGUAAUGCGCCAGGCCAAUUAAAUUGAAUAAAUUUUCGUAACCAAGAAUG